CCAGGAUCCGCUUUGAUCUAGACUGGCUUCCGCGCAACAAAUCAGAAGAUGAAGCAGAGAUUCUCGUCCCUGGACGUCAAGGUCAUCUCCCAGGAACUGGCCUCGGAGCUGGUCAAUCUCCGAGUGUCGAACAUUUACGAUCUCUCAUCGCGAAUCUUCCUGUUCAAACUCGCCAAACCCGACCACCGCAAACAGCUCAUCGUCGACUCCGGCUUCCGAUGCCAUGUCACCCAGUACUCGCGAACGACGGCCACGGCGCCCUCGCAGUUCGUGACGCGGUUGCGCAAGUUCCUCAAGACCCGUCGCAUCACCUCCAUCAAGCAGAUCGGCACGGAUCGCGUCAUCGACAUCUCCUUCAGCGAUGACACCUACCACAUGUUCCUGGAGUUUUUCGCCGGCGGGAACAUCAUCGUCACCGACCGCGAGCACAACAUGCUGGCGGUCUUCCGCCAGGUCUCGGCCGCAGAGGGGGAGGAGGCCCGCGUCGGCUUGAAGUACAACGUGACGAACAAGCAGAACUACAACGGGGUUCCGGCGAUCACGAUCGACCGGAUUCGCGACACGGUGGAGAAAGCGAAGGCGUUGUUCUCCCGGGAAGACGGAGCGCCGAAGAAGUCGAAGAAAAAGAAUGCCGACGUGCUCCGGAAGGCUCUGUCGCAGGGAUUCCCCGAGUACCCGCCGCUCUUGCUCGACCACGCUUUUGCUGCUAGGGGAGUGGACCCUGCAACGCCGCUGGAUCAAGUUCUGCAGGAUGAAGAUUUGUUGAAGAAGGUGGAGGGCGUCUUGAAGGAGGCGGAGGGAGAGACUACCCGGCUGUCUGCUCAACAAAACCAUCCUGGGUAUAUUGUCGCGCGACCGGAUGCGCGAUCUAAGGCUCAGCAGAACGCUGAAGGAGAGACGCCUUCCGACAAGCCCAGCCUUCUGUACGAAGACUUCCAUCCUUUUAAACCCCAGCAGUUUGAAGAGAAGCCGGGCGUCACCAUCCUGGAAUUCCCGUCGCUGAAUGCGACGGUGGACGAGUACUUCUCGUCGAUCGAGACACAGAAGCUUGAGUCACGGCUCACGGAACGAGAAGAAACGGCGAAACGAAAGCUCGAGGCAGUGAGACAGGAGCACGAGAAACGGAUCGGGGCGCUGAAGGAAACGCAAGAUCUGCAUAUCCGCAAGGCCGGCGCUAUCGAGGACAACGUGUAUCGGGUUCAAGAGGCAAUGGAUGCAGUGAACGGCUUGAUCGCACAGGGUAUGGACUGGGUGGAGAUCGCUCGCCUAAUCGAGAUGGAACAGGGCAGAGGAAACCCCGUCGCGCAAAUCAUUAAGUUGCCCUUGAAGUUGUACGAGAAUACAAUCACCCUGCUCCUCGGAGAAGCCGGAGACGAACAGGAGGAAGAGGACCAUGGGUUAUUCUCCAGCGACGAGUCCGAAUCAGACGAGGAGAGCGAGGAGGCCCCGAAUGCGCGCUCAGCAUCGGAACAGUUGACCAUUGAUAUUGACCUCAGUCUUUCGCCGUGGGCAAAUGCCACGCAGUACUAUGAUCAAAAGAAAAUGGCAGCGGUUAAAGAGCAGAGAACGACGCAGUCUUCUGCUAAGGCACUGAAGAGCCACGAGAAGAAGGUCACCCAAGAUCUCAAAAAGGGCCUCAAGCAGGAAAAGCAGGUCCUUCACUUUGCCAGAAAGCCCUUCUGGUUUGAGAAGUUUCUCUUUUUCAUUUCGUCUGAGGGCUACUUGGUUUUGGGUGGCCGUGAUGCUAUGCAGAGCGAGAUUCUCUACCGUCGCCAUUUGAAGAAGGGCGAUAUCUUCGUGCAUGCAGACCUCGAAGGUGCUAGACCCAUGAUCGUCAAGAAUAGGUCGACUGCUUCGAACUCCCCUAUCCCACCCAGCACUUUGUCUCAAGCAGGAAACCUCUGCGUUGCCACAUCAAGUUCUUGGGAAUCGAAAGCCAUCAUGUCCGCAUACUGGGCCAACGCCAACCAGGUUACCAAGACUGCCGAAGCUGGUGGCCUGCUGCCGACGGGUGAAUUCUUGAUCAAGGGAGAGAAGAACUUCCUUGCUCCCUCGCAGCUGGUGUUAGGCUUUGCAGUGAUGUUCCAGAUCAGCAAGGAGAGCCUUCGCAACCACAAAUUAGCCAUAUUCGAUGAAACUGCCUCUUCGGAGCCGGCUGAUGGAGAAACCGGGGAAGCUAAACAAGGCUCGUCUGAGCCUGUUGCCGACCAUGUGUCAGAGGAGGCUGAAGAUGCCGAGCUGAACGACGACAUCGAUGGGAAAGCAGCAGAAGAGGAUGGUGAAACCGCGGAGAAGGACGAGGAAGAGGGAGAUGAAGCCGGGACAGAGGCGCCUGAAGAAAGCCUGGAAGCCUGGAAUGGAGGAAGAUCCCAGGAUACGAAGCACCUCUCUGCCCGGGAACGACGCCAGCUGAGACAAGGGAGGCAAAUCGAAUCGGCCGAGCCCAUUCCCAAGAAAGAAAAACAACCCGUUACUCGCGGCAAGAAGGCAAAGGCAAAGAAGGCCGCUGCCAAGUACGCCGACCAGGAUGACGAGGAGCGCGAAUUGGCUCUUCGGCUCCUGGGUGCCAACAAGGCGAAGGCUGCGAAGGCCGAAGCGGCCGCCGAGGCCAAGGAGAAGCGUGACCGAGAAGCCGAAGCGCAGAAGAAGCGCCGCAAGGCCCAGCAUGAACGUGCUGCUGAGGCCGAAAAACGACGACAGGCCAUGUUUGAGGAGGGAGCUGGCGAUGACUACGACGAGGAAACGGCCGCUGCGGAGGCUGCGGAUCUGGACUGGAUUCCGGCACUGGUUGGAACGCCUCAUCCUGAUGACGAGAUCCUUGCAGCCAUCGCCUACCGAACUAAGCUGCAGCCGGGCUCGGUCAAGAAGGGGAAGGCAACCACCACCGGAAAGGUCAAGAAGGAGCAUGCUGAGGAUGCAGGCAUCCCCAGAGGAGAGCUCCUCAAGACAUGGAAAGACACUGAGAUCAUCAACUCGGUUCCUGUUGGCAAAGGGAAGGGCAAAGGUGGUGGUGGAGGAGGAGGAGGAGGUGGUGGUGGUGGCAACAAAGGCGAUACCCAACAGCCCUCUCCCCCCCACUUGGCCUCAUAUUCGUUUUUUACGACUUCUACUCGCACGAUGGCGCCCAAGGAGACGACUCGGAUUCUGUCGGUCCGCCGACUCAACCAGGAGGGACCCGGAAACAAGUCGCUCGCCGAGUGGUGGGACAGUGAACGCAGCAACAAGACGCCCGAAGCCGCCGCGAUCGAGGAGGCCGCCGACCUUCUGCGCACGAGCGAUAUCCCCGUGGCGUUCCCCACGGAGACGGUAUACGGACUCGGCGCAGACGCGACCCGCAGCGAUGCCGUGCAGGGGAUCUACAGGGCCAAGCAGAGGCCCUCGGACAACCCGUUGAUCAUCCACGUGGACUCGCUGGACAUGCUGGAGCGAAUCCUGAACCCCGUGCAAGCCAGCCCGACGCGCUUGACUAGGACAGCGAAGAACUCGAUACCCACCAUCUACCAUGCCCUGAUCGACCGGUUCUGGCCGGGCCCGUUGACUAUCCUUUUGCCGAACCCGUCGGGCUCGCCGCUCGCGAAGGAGGUCACCUCCAACUUGACGACGUUUGGCGUGCGCAUGCCCUCGUCGCCGCUGGCGCGCUUGCUGAUCCACGCCACGGACCGUCCCCUGGCUGCUCCGUCGGCGAAUGCGUCGACUAAGCCUUCGCCGACUAGUGCGGAGCAUGUGUGUCAUGACCUGGAGGGUCGGAUUGAGCUGAUUCUCGACGGGGGGUCCUGCGGAGUCGGCGUGGAGAGUACGGUGGUGGACGGGCUGUCGGAUCCGCCUGCGAUCCUACGACCGGGUGGUAUCGGCAUCGAGGAGCUGCGGACGUGUGCUGGAUGGGAGAAUGUACAGGUUGGAUACAAUGACGGGAGUCUGGAGGUGAAGGAGGUCCCCAGGGCGCCUGGCAUGAAGUACCGACACUAUUCGCCCAAGGCGCGCGUGGUGCUCUUCGAAGCCGACUCCAACGAACAGGCCGUGUCGCAGCACAUUCGAAAGGACCUGGAAGACACCGCGAUCGGCGCACAUAUGAUUGGAAUCCUACGCACUCGGAACUGGAAGCGGGGACUGGGAUUACUGUCAAACGAGGAGAUCGAGAAGACGCUGAAGCCGAUUCCUUCCUUGGUCGACGAUCUGGUGGGAUUCUCGGCCCCCGUGAACGACCGCAUCAACGGAUGUCUUGCGGCCAAGGAGACCUUCGACUGCCAUCUGGGGUCGGAUGUCGAGUCGAUUGCGCGCCGGCUGUUUUCGGCACUGCGGGCGAUGGACGAAAUGGAGGUGGAUGUCAUCUACGUAGAGGGAAUCUCGGACCAGAGCGGCGACCUUGCAGCGGCGGUCAUGAACCGACUGCGCAAGGCUGCUGGAGCCGAACUUCGAGUAUGA